GUGUUUCUGUGAUCACCAUCGGUUCUUCCCAURAUAUGGCAGAUUGCACUCACGAGGAAGCCGAUACAAGGGUUGUGGUGCAUAUCCUUCAUGCCAUACAAGUUGACCAGAUGAAAACUAUCCUUGUUCGAACUGUGGAUACCGAUGUUCUAGUCAUCUUGGUCGGAAAGUUUCAUGACCUGAGAGAAGUCCAACCUGAGCUUGAUCUGUGGCUUGCAUUUGGAAUGGGUCGGCAUUUUAGAUAUGUCAGUGUCAACUCUAUAUGUGCUGUUCUUGGUAAACAAAGAUGUACUUCUUUGCCCAUAUUCCAUGCCUUGACUGGAUGUGACACUACAUCGUGCUUCUUCGGGAAAGGGAAGAAGUCAGCCUGGCAGGCAUGGGAGAUAUUUCCCGAGGUUACAUCUACCUUUGAAAUGCUUGCUUCAACACCAUUUAUGGAGCUCACAACAGACUCCCCCCUCUUUAAGCAGAUCGAGAGAUUCACCGUCAUCUUGUACGAUAAGCUYAGCCCUUUAUGCGACAUCAACUUAACSCGUAUGGAGCUAUUCUGUAAGAACAACAGAGCAAUAGACAAGCUCCCGCCUACACAGGAUGCCCUUUUGCAGCAUGUUAAUCGCAGUGUUUAMMAGGCCGGUAUCUGGACAGCCAGUCAUCACUCACAGCCAACUAUUCCAUCACCACUGCAGUUCUCUUGGAUUGAAGAGGAGGGCAAGUGGGUUCCACAGUGGAUCACCAUACCUGAAGUGUCCAAGGCCUGUAGAGAACUAAUAAAGUGCAGUUGUAAACGGUCAUGUACAAGAUGCAAGUGUGCUAAGGCUUCCCUGGAAUGUACGCCACUUUGCAAAUGCCAGUGCAAUUCCAUAAAUUAAUUGUAAUG